AGUUAUUCUGGCUGCGGCUCGGAAUAACGCGUGUGUUAGCUGCACUCUCGUGGCUGCAGCCACUUCACGUAGACAUACCUCCUAGCCGCAGCCAGUAGGGGCAUGAUAUAAGUCGUACUUGCAGAGCUUCAAGUGCACGGUAUAUUGCUAUAUCAUGUGCAUGUACUGGCGAACCGCCAGCUACAUUGUACAUGUAUAUAUACAGCGGGGCACAGCCACCCUACGUGCACUCACGGGGCCGGGUGCAAGCGACCAAGGCCCUGACUUCGUGCCAGAAAUAAGCUGAUGCGGAUAUCGUACUUUUUCCAUCUCCACUGGUCAUGCUGGUUGUCAGCGGCUCCGCCAACAUUGGAGUCUUCCCUGUCCAACUCUCGUCUUGAUGACAGAUUUGAGCUGCCUGCUUGAGGUUUUGUUGGUGAGCCAAGUUAAUUUUGCUUAUAGCGUGAGCAUGGGUCAUGGAGUACUGAAAAUCUGUCCCUUGUGCUAACCUGCCUGGAUAAAGUGUGACACUGCGCUGAGGCAUGGAUCAUUCCAUAUUAGCAGUAGUGCUUUCUGACCACUCGUCAUGGCGCACCCUGAAGACGUCCCCGUCAUCCAACAUCUCCCACAAGUAGCCAACUUGGAGCAACCUGUUCACUUCAACGAGGGAGCAUCUUGUUAAACACUGUUGUAGGAGUUCUGUUGUGCAGGAAGUUAGUUUUUCUCUUAGCCGUAGGAUCCACUUUGAAUAUAGCAACAUUUGAAAAAAGGGCCUGCCAGGAGAAAAAAGAAACCAUUUUGGGACCAUGGAGAUUGGUGACAUGGAUGUCCCUGUAGUUAGCCCACUGCCCAUGGCCAUGAGUGUCCCCUCACCCACCAGCCUUCCCCCAGGGAAUGGAGACGGAGGGGCCAAGUCACCCCAGGCUGGUCCUCAUCGAACUGGCUCAGGAAACAGAAUUGACUUUCCAACAAUAGCCUGCAAGAUCUGUGGGGACCGGUCUUCUGGCGUUCACUACGGCAUUAUCUCCUGUGAGGGCUGUAAGGGGUUCUUCCGUCGCUGUCUCAGAAGACAGAAGGAGUAUGUGUGCGUACGAGGGGGUAAAUGCGAGGUCAGUCGGCAGCAGCGGAACCGGUGCCCAGCAUGCCGGUACAGGAAGUGCAUUGAGCUGGGCAUGUCCAAAGAUGCCGUGCGGAUAGGCCGAAUCCCCAACAAACAAAAGGAGACAGAGUUUGCCGACAUCCAGCCAUUCACUCUGGACCCGCUGGAUGAGGAGAGAGACGUGGACCAGUCCAUUCAGGCAUUAGAAGAAGAUCCCGAGACCAACCAGCUGAUUGACUUUGUCAUCAAGGCCCACUCUGAGACUGCCAAGAAAUAUGAGGAGUUUGACGACUUCUUAAAGGGGAAGCUGAAGGUACCACACCGAGUCCAAAACUGCGGGGACCUGAAGUCACACAUGGAUCUGAACAGUAUGAACGGCCUGCAAAUGUGGUGUGAUGUCGUCACUCAAACGCUGGCGCUCUUCAUCAAGCGAAUUGUCACCUUCUGCAAGUACAUACCAGGUUUUGCCUUGCUGGACCAGCAUGACCAGAUGAUCCUGAUCAAGGCGGGCUUCUUUGAGAUCCUGACGGUGCAGGACAGCAUCGAGUUGGUGCUGUACGACGCCUUCAUGCUCAGCAAAGAGAUUCUGAUCACCCGGCCCAACAUGCUCAAGUUCAUGCCCCAGGAGCUGGUGGAGUCACUCUACGACUUUGCAGGGCGGCUACACCGCCUGCGGCUGACCAUGACCGAGCUGGCCCUGCUGUCAGCCAUUGUGCUCUACGCAGACGAUCGGGAGAACCUGAUUGAUCGCAAGGCCGUCGCUGCCAUGCAGACCAAGCUCCUGAUGGCCCUCAAGCUGGAGGUCCAGCGCAAUCAUCGUUCCGACCCCCAUAUGUUUGCCAAGAUCCUCCUGCGCCUGCCCGAGCUGCGCACGGUGGACAACCUCCACACCCAGUUCAUCAUGAAGUUGCAGGUGGGCGUGGGCAGCUCCGACCUGCCCAUCCCUGCCCUGUACAAGGAGGUGUACGACCUGGGCAUCACCCGGAUACAGAGAGACAGCCCCGAGGAUGGCAGGUCUGAGGACGAGGGGUCCGAGGACAGUGGGUCCGAGGACAAGGAGCCCGGCGGCCUCCCCCACAUUAAGAAGGAGAUCGAGGAUGAGGCCGCAGGCAAGGGGGAGGCGUUGCUCAAAGGGAGGGAGGGGGAGAUGAUGUGGGACAAAUGCAAGCAGGCGGACCUGGAGCAGAUUGCACUGAUCGGACUGAAUGGCAUCAGCCGGAGGGGUCGUCGGUCGGAGACCGGCAAAGAUGACUCCGGGAGGAGGUGCUGACAGGUGUGCCCAGGAGGUUGUCAUGGAAACACAGAAGGGGGGGUAAGGUCGUAGGUGAGGAGUUCAGGAGAAAAUUAAUGGCAGAGAAAGAGUGACUAGGGUUGCUCGCUGAAGAAACGGGGGGUCAGAGGUGGUUACCACUGUGAUCGGAAGGUCCUCGCAGAAAAGUACUUGAGGGAUGGAUAGUACAUCAGAGGUUGAUGCAGUGGCAAGGGUCGCAGAACCUUAGUUACCAGAGGGGAGCCUACUUGGAAUUCAGGGGUCAUUCAAGUCCUGAUCUGACAAGGUCAGAGGUCAGGGAAAGAGAUGGGGGAGAAGUGGUGUUGAGGCUGCGUUUGAAAGUGCCGUAUGGGGCCGGUAGUGACUUAGAAGAGGAGGCGUAGCUGGCCACUGGCGUCCAGGGCGAUCAUGUUAUAUCUGCUGGCUGGAGCUAACUUUGGAAAAAACUCUUUUGGCCUGUGGAAACGAUUGAUCAGGGCUGAGAAUUCCAGAUGCAAAACAGUAUUAAAAAGUACCGGUCCUGGUUUCAACAAAGCACUUGAAGCAUUUUCAAGUGUUUCCCCAGUCAAGCAAGUAUAAGUCUUGAAUUUGGGGGGAUGGGGGGUUCGACACAACUUAUUUGAACUUGGCUACAGUGAGCAUCCUGUAUUUGCUCCUGACUGGCUCCAUACAGUCUGUGUAUGAGCUGUACAUGAUUAACACUGUGCCAAACACCAGUUUUUGCCACAGUCUAGUAAGCUCAGCCUUCUGUGUUGCAGUCCACUGUUUAGUGUCUGGUACAUAGUCACAUCUGCAGUACACAUUCAGGGGAAGAUGACCGGUACCCAAGCAGAGGUGUAACACAGUUGUUGGAGGAGAGAAUACAUGUAUAUCCCCCUAUUUGACCAAAAGAGGGAGAUGACCAUAGACAGUCCCGCACAUUUUGGUUUAAAGAAACCUCCCCCCCCCUCCAAGAAUGCAGAUGUUGAAGUUGAGUUUUAAACUAACCGUUGAAGCCUGUCAAGUAGAACUGCAAAAGGGAAAACAAGUAGAAGACCUUUCAAUGCACCGUUUUCAUGUAAGGGUAAGGCACGUUAGCGUACACCUGUACGUGACAGUACCCACCAAGUGUUAAAUUUCCAGGAUCAACUAUCUCUAGGAUUGUGGAAAUCCUUCAUCCUUCCCAUUUGAUAGCCUCAAUUUAAGUCAAGUAUUAAAGUCGUUGGUCCACCAUAUUCAGAAUUAUGUGCACUGGUGUGCUCGUCUUCACUGCCUUUAAUGACAGCGCCAGUAAGGGUCAAUCGCUCUCCCGAAUGUUGCGUUAAGGAAUUAUGGAUAUGCACAGCCCUGUGAGUAGCUCACUGCCUCAACUGGUGCACGUUCACUCUGUAUGCCUGUGUUGGCCGCACACGAGAGCAUUGACGUGUGCCACUGUUCAAACAAGUUCCACCCAGCAAGGGUGUGAAGACAUCACAUCAUGCAUACCCCAAGAGACUAAAACCUACCAGUGGCCUGUAUAGUUGCUGUGGGUGUAAGCAAGGUGUCUUGCUACACAGAGAUGUGUAACACACAGUAAAGGGGGCCAGUAAGUGACCAUCAUGUUAACAGUGUUUCCCCCAUGGUCUCACAUUGUUGUCAUGUCUUGAGCACUCCACAACCUGUUCUUCAUGCGCAUUAGUGCAAAGGCUGUAAUUGGAUUGAGACCAGAGGGUGAUUUCUGUAUUGAAAUAAAAAUUAGUGUCCAUAUUGAUGUCAUUCUAAACUGCACAUGGGAAUAACAACUGUCAAAGAGCACUAGCCGAAGCCUACUUCUUCUUCACCGAUGUGAAUUUUUUUGGUCAUAAAUUAUUAUAAAUUUGAUAAAAUGUAAUGAAUUUAUAACCAUAGGGGAAACAUUGCCAAUGUGAACAGGCCCAGUUUACUGUCUUUUGUACACUUGUAAUACAUGUUCAGGUACUGAUGCAGUGAAGUGCUUUAUGAAGUUUGCAAAUUACAAGAGAUUGUGAUUUACAAUGGUGACUGGUUCCUAGACCUAAACUUGUGCUUCCAAAGCCAAGGGCUGUGAUAGGUGUUUGACGAUAUUGCUAAAUAUGCUGCCUGUUAUUGUCAGGCGUAGUUUUUUUUCGGGGGGGGGGGGAAUGCUGGAGAGGGGAGGGUGAAAAUGAACCUUGACAUUUGGUUUUCAGGGUUGCUGUGGCCUGGAAAAAUCAUGGAAAUUUGUUUUUCCUUUUUCAGGCUUGGAAAAGUCAUGGAAUUUGGAAAAAUGACCAAAGUCAUGGAAGUUUGUCUUGGAAAUCAUAAAACACUGUGUGAUUUCUAUUAUCAAAAAUAAGCACAUAAAAUCUGAGAUUGUAUUUGCAACCUAAAAGGCCGAAUAGUCCAAGAAAUUGCAUUGGGUCAUGGAUUUUCAUAAUUUGGUUAUGAAAAAGUCAUGGAAUAUAAUUGUCCUUUAGAUGCAGGAACCCUGGGCGUUUCCGGAGACGUAAAACUUGCAGGGCUUUUUCAGCUGUCCAUUGAGUCUUGAGACUUGUUCCAGAAUAAAGUCCAACCAACCCUACCCCGAACCCCAGCCUAAGUCUUUGGUCCAGGACUGUGGCUGCCCUCUGUUCAAUACUUGCCAUCGGACCUCUUCAAGAAAUCCGAAAAAAAUACCUGAAAUUCCCCGGUCCAAUUUGUGGGAUUUUUUUCCUUUGCUCUCCUUUUUUCUCCUUGUGUACAUAGUUUCAGACCAUUCUGGGUUGUACAAAUUUAAUAAUCUGAAAUAACCGAAGAGUAAAAUUGCCAUGUAAACUGUACAGACAUUUUAGUGUUACAUCUGCGUGCAGGACUUAUUUUGAAAUUUUGUAUUGAAAGAGAAACAAAUCAGUUAUAUUUAAUGGCGUGCACCGUUUUUUUUUGUCUCACAGAAACAGUGAUUGAAACUCCAAAAACAACUGAAAUUAAUGUGUUUUUCCAUUAAAAAACGUAUCUGGGAAAUCCCAUACAAAUCAUAUAUUUUUUUGUAAUUUGUAAUGUACAUUUACAAAGCUGAAAUUUUCAUGGAAAUCCAGUAGCCCUGAAGGUUGUCAUUAUAUUUCGGCCAGGGGAUGAAACACAAGAACGGAGGCUGAGCCACAUGUACCAUGUAGAUCUGUGUUGAUUUUGUUACAAUGAUGUCGCUUUGUAUAUAAAAACAGGGUAUAUCAACAUUUCUUGUAAUGUGAACCAUACUUCAGGAAUGACAUUUUUCUAGCGCAAAGUGACUAUUUUUCUUGUCUGUGAAACAUAACCUACAUAAAAUGUGCAUGUGGACUACAUGUACUUGUAAUUUGUAUUUAGUGUAGAGCUUAAGUUUUUGUAAACCGGGAUCCCAUAAACAAUGUUUUGAACAAGCUGCACAUUUAUGAGCAUGUGCAUUUUGAUAUUUUUCUCCCUUUCUGAUUUUUUUCUGUGUUCACUUUUACUUCCCACACAUCUGUGUACGUUACUGCAGCGUUGUGACCAAGUCAUUUUCUUCAAGUCAAGUUGCACAUCAUUUUUCCUAGAGUCAUAUCACACGCCAGUUUUUCCCAUAUUGAGUCUCCAUUUCUUUUUUUUAUUUCUUCACCCGUCUCAUGUCAUAAUUGGCAUGGAACACACUUUCUGCUGAGACUGAUUUACUGUACCGAUUAUGUGACUAAUGAUGCUAAGUGAAACAGGUCAAUGUAAUUUUUUACAUGGUAAUAUAGUGACAUUUGAAAGUUAAAGAAGAAGUGGCUGCAUGUAAUGAAACCAAAGAGGUUUUCUUUUGCAUGUAGAAAGUCACAGAUACAUUUUGUUUCUUGUAUUCAACAAGUCAGAUUUGUUCAAGCCAAGACCCGAGUUGUUUUCUUCCACGUCGAGUCUCAAGUCAUUAUCUUUUGGAAGUCUAAAGUCAAAACAUUGCAACUGAAGUCAGACUCUGCAAUUCAACAAAACUGGUCCGAUGGCAACGUAGCACACGUACAUACACAUAAACGUACAUAUGUGCCUGGAAAUUUGCACGUCUUUAACUCGAAGGCAUACACCUCUUGUGCUCAUAACCAUAGCAACAGGCGUGCAAUGAACUCACCGAACCUACUCAAAGCGGUCGUGACUAUUGUUGCCAUUCGACGCUCCGGGCAAAAUGGACCAGUUCAGAAACUGUGGCAAUUGGUUGUCAUGUGUUAUUCUCCCUAACAGUCCUCAAACCUUCCAACCAUUCGAGGAUUGAGGACUUUGCCGCUAAGGCUUGUCAGAAGACAUGAUUGUGUGUGUAUCUAUAUUGGAAGUUGAUCAUACUUCAUGUAUUUUCUAUCGUUCAAAAUGUUCAAAACAUUUUUUUCAUCUUCCAGAUUAUAUGCUGCUUUUUUCUCAGCGUUUGUAAUUAUUACACAAAUACAUGUUUGGAGCAUCUUUUGAAAUCUGAAAUACGCUCCCAGAGGAUAUGCCCUUGACUGUACAUGUAUAAUUUGUAACAGUAAUUUUCACUGGCACAUUUCAAUCGAUUUGUUUUACCAAACAGCUCUGUGCCAAUUCGCCAUGUAAACAAAAAUGAAACUGAAACAACCCACAAUGGGUUAACAAAUGUGUUCAAUUCAGAAGCCAACCUUUGAUUUUUUGUCUUCAUUUUCGGGCUGGUAGUUCCUUCACAAUGCACAUCUGGAAAAAAGAUAUUACCAGGUGUCUGGGCUCGUCCAUUACCAAUUUUAAUGUAAUGUACUCGGUAAGACUUGAGUGAUGUCAGUUUGUGUCAGGAUAUUCUUCGAAAUGUUAUUUUGUCCAUGCAGAAUGGACGAUGGGUAAAUUGAGAUUGGGCCAGUGAGUGGAGUUCGUUGAUGUGGUUCUUGAUGGAACCUUUUCAUAGCUGUCUUCAGUAGGCUGCACAGUGCCCAUGCGUUGUGCCAAUGUCGAGUUCAUGAUACUUGACGACUUUUUGUGAAGUUAGAGUCUGUGAUAUCUUUUAGGAAUGUUUCAACAUGGCAGUGGUGACGUUUGUUAUUUGCAUGAGGUAUCCAUGUAAGUGGUUUAUUUGUCAGAUCCAAGCCAAAGGUAUAAAGUUCUGCAUGAUCUUCAAAUUAAGAUUUUGUUUCAAGCCAAGUUAAUGCAUUGUUGCAUUUUUAAUAGAGAAGUAUUCAUUGUUCAGUGUUAGGGGAUUUUUUUUCUUAUCUUUUCAGUUUUGGGAGGUUUGUGGGGAGGGGUGGUUAUUGUUUAAUGUUGCUGUGUUUUAUUCUUGGGGAGGGGGUGUUUGGUGUGUGUGAGUUUGUUUCUGCAUUCAAUUGGGACCCAGAACAAUUGAGGA